AUGGAAUACCGGUUCUCCAACCCUGUCAGCCCUUCGCGGUAUGAUUCGAAAGGACUCAUCGCCGACAUCCCCGUUCGAAAAAACAUAUUUUCUGAGGCGGAAUACGUUGGAUCCAUUCGCGCCCAAGAAGAUUGGAAUGUCCUCGUUGCUCCUAUUGGAGAGUUCAACGGUGGUCUCGAUCCGGAAUUGUCCUUCGUGUCGGUAUCCAUACCAGAGUGUCUCCCAGAGCGCCUUGAGAUAAUUUCAUAUGCAAAUGAAUUCGCGUUUAUUUAUGACGGUAAGCAGGCUUUAUUACCUUUAGCUAGCGAGUCAAUGAACGAAACCCUCGAAUUGUUUCUCCAGGGCGCCACAACGGGUUAUAUAAACCCUCAGGGAAGUGGUAAAAACAAGAUCCAAGCCCAGAUUUUCAAUGAAAUGGUCGCUAUUGAUCGACCUCGGGCUUUGGUCACCAUGAAAGCAUGGGCCGAGUUUUUGCAACUCACAUCAAGCCGAGAUCGCAGCGUUAAAUUCGACACUCUGGAUGAGUACAUUCCCUAUAGGGUAUGGGAUGUUGGACAAAUGCUAAUGUUCGGCCUCGUCACUUUUGGAAUGGGCUUGACAAUUCCAGAGAAUGACAUAGAACGGAGCACUGAAGCCACACGAUCAGCCUUCGCAGUUAUUGCCCUGACGAACGAUUUAUUUUCCUGGGAGAGAGAACGUGAUGCAGCGAAACGGGACAACAUGCCACAUGUAGUCAAUGCUGUCUGGGUCAUCAUGGGCCAGCACUCCGUCAGUGAAGAAGAAGCCAAGCAAAUUUGUCACUCGAAGAUCGUCGAAUUGGUUCAAGACUACAAGCGUAUCGUUGAGCAGUACAAGAAGGACGAGUCAGUCUGCCUGGACUUGAGAAGAUACAUCGAAGCGCUACAGUACAACAUAAGUGGUAACCUAGCUUGGAGUUUGACUUGUCCACGGUCAGUUCCACGAGGCAAGAUCUGA